AUGCGAGAACGCCAUGAAAAACAACCCCUAACAUGGUCUAUGGAGAAGAUGACUUGGACGCGCUCUCAGUGGGAAUGGAUCGUGUGGUUCGAUGAAAAGAAAUUUAAUUUGGACGGACGUGACGGGCUGGCGUACAAAUGGCAUGAUUUGCGGAGAAAGAAGCAGUGGUUUUCGAAGCGCCACAGCGGAGGAGGCAUCGUCAUGGUUUGGGGUUGUUUUGCAGCCCAGAGAACGUCAUCUCUAGUGAUACUGAGUGGCACUCAGAACGGCAUCAAGUAUGUCGACAGAUUACGAGAGCAUUUUCUUCCUUUUGCGCACGACCAUCCCCUUAAUUGGACAUUUAUGCCAGAUGGAGCGCCUUGCCACCGGUCGUCGGUGGCAAAAGCUUGGCUCAGAGACAAUUUUAUAAACGUUCUUGACUGGCCUGCGUAUUCUCCGGACCUCAACCCUAUCGAGAAUCUGUGGGGGAUACUGGUCAGAAAGGUUUAUGCCAAUCAACGGCAGUUUGGGGACAGUAACUCUCUCGUGGACUGUAUCGUCGCAGCUUGGAACAAUUUAUCAACUGAAACGUUGGAAAACUUGGUCAACUCGACGCAGAAUCGCUGCAUAGACGUCGUACAAGCUAGGGGCAAAAAGAUAGACUACUAA